AUGAAGAUGAACGCUACCAGUUUGUAUGUUUCUACUUGUCGCUUAAUAAUUCUUGCUGAUGCAGCCGACAAAAGUUCGUGGACAGACUUGUUUCGUUUGGUUCCUUAUUUACGACAAUCGUUAUCGUGUACAGUGUGUGGAAAUUUAUUGAAGGAACCUUAUACUCCAACGAGCUCUGGUUGUCAACAUCACGUCUGUAAAAAUUGUAAAGGUGGAAGAAAAAAACUAAAACCUUCGUGUACUUGGUGCAAAGACUAUGAAAACUAUAAUGAAAAUUUACAGUUACGUAUUCUUUUGCAAUGUUAUAAAAAACUUUGUGAAUAUUUUAUGGGAACAGAUACAUAUAAAACAUUGUUAGAAGAAGAUGAAAUAGCUGCAGGUGUCAAUGGUGGCACAGUGGCAAGUUCAGGCUUAAUAGACUUAAUACAGGAAGGAGCUGGUUUCAAUGACGAUUAUAAGAGCACUGCAGGACUUUCAAAAUCUGCCUAUAGUAUAUUACCUUGUGUCUAUACAAACUCUGCGUCAACACAAACUCAAGCAGCAUCAACAACAAGUAAUUCUGAUUCAAGAUCAACUAGUAAAGAUUCUCCAAAUUCUAGAGCUAUUUCAAAUGGAUCUCCUCUUUACUCUGUUAUGUAUGCAGGUUCGGGAAAUAAAAUCACAAUCAAAAGGAAAGCAGUUGAUGAGACAGAUUCACCACAGACUGAAACUAGCCCACGAGAAGGAAAAUCAAAUCAAUUAGGUUUUAAGAAACCAUCUAAUAGGUCUAGAAGCUCAACUAGCAGUAAGCGGAAAGGAUGUAGAUGUGGUAAUGCUACGGCUACACCUGGUAAAUUAACAUGCUGUGGACAAAGAUGUCCAUGUUACGUAGAAAGCAAACCAUGUACUGAAUGUAAAUGUAAAGGUUGUCGAAACCCUCAUAGACCUGAUGGAAUGAAGGUCAGGCCUCACAUACCUCAAUUAGAUACUUUGCAGAUAAUAAACACAAAUCCCGAUAGUUCCCCAUCAUGCUCAGGUUCUAUGGAUAGUUUGGAUACUGACACUCUCACUAUGGAGGCCAUGGAGGAAUCUCUUACUUUUACUACAGAAUUAAAAUCAUCUAAUAUUAAAGUAUAUACCAGUCAAUUACAAGAAGUGUCACCAUUAUUACCAGCAACAAUAAUGAUGGAUGAAGAAUUACCAGCGUCACCUGAUGAUGACUUAAGUUCUCCGCGUGAUUACACAACAUGUUCUCCGAGAGAUCAUGACCCAGAUGCCUCUCCACAGUCCACUCAUGAAGCAAAUAGUGACAUCGAAGUUGAUGUA